GUGCGCGCAUACCAAACAACAAACAGCAAACGGAAUAUACAUACAUAGUAACAAUACCUAGUAACCGCUGGUGAUAGCUGUUAAAAAUAGAAUUCCGGACAUAGUCUGAAUUCAAAUCGAGCAAAAUUGUCGACGUUGAUAUUAUUAAAGAUAAAAACAACAUCCACCUUCGACUUGUGACGAGGACACGCGGAAACGGAAGCGGCGAACAGGGCCAGACUUAUUUCCGUUAAGUGAAAGUCAAUUUAUUGUAUGAGUCAAAAAACUGAAAGACCAGUGCUAUCGGGUCAACGCAUCAAGACCAGAAAAAGAGAUGAAAGAGAAAAAUAUGACCCAACGGGAUUCCGUGAUGCGGUCAUUGCUGGGCUUGAAAAAACUGAAGGCGACUUGGAACAAAUCUCUAAAUUUCUAGACAGCGCGGGCAACAAGCUCGACUAUCGUCGUUACGGUGAAGUUCUCUUUGAUAUAUUGAUUGCGGGUGGUCUAUUAGUGCCUGGCGGUUCCAUAUCUCAGGAUGGCGAAAAGCCGCGCACAAAUUACUGCAUCUUCGAUGCGCCCGAGAGCAUGGAGGCCAUGCGCAACCAUGAGCAGGUAUUUGUCAAGCUCAUCAGACGGUACAAGUACCUUGAGAAAAUGUUCGAAGAAGAGAUGGGUAAAGUUCUAUUAUUCGUAAAAGGCUUUACCCCAAGUGAACGCAUCAAGCUUGCGCGUAUGACUGCGCUCUGGUUAGUUAACGGGUCCGUACCACCAAAUGUGCUACUGGUACUGAACAACGAGCAUCUGAUCAAGGAUGGCAUUGCACUAGAGUUUCUACUAGAGCUGUUCCAGACGUUCAAGCAAGAGAAGGGUAUUGCAUAUCUGAUUCAGGCGCUUAAGAAGGGUGGACUGGAAAGCAAACUAAUGGACUUUUUCCCACCAAACAAACGUACUGAGGAAUAUUUUAAACAAGUUUUUCUUGACAAGGAACUCAAUGAGAUCAUCAAGCUGCACAAGGCUCAGGCUAGCCAGGAGGCUAAGCGCGAGCUGCAGCAGGCUCUCAUCGAUGAUAUCAACGAUGAGAAGGCCCACAAUGAGAUAACCGCUGACAUUAAGGAGUUCUCGCAACGCAACAACAUUCCCGAUCACGAGAUAAUUGUUAUUAUUUGGUCCACCAUUAUGUCAUUAGGCGAAUGGAAUAAGAAGGAAGAGCUUGUCACCGAUCAGGCCGUUCGCCACUUGAAGCCUUAUUGCGGUUUGUUGCAGGCUUUUGCCUCCACCGAUCGCUCCGAAUUGGCUCUGAUCGUUAAAGUGCAGGAAUUCUGUUAUGAGAACAUGAACUUCAUGAAGGCCUUCCAGAAGAUAAUAUUAUUGUUCUAUAAGACCGAGGUUCUCUCCGAGGAGAUCAUCUUGCGCUGGUACAAGGAGCUCCACUCCAACAAGGGAAAAAUGCAUUUCCUCGAACAAAUGCGCAAGUUUGUCGAAUGGCUCCAAUCAGCCGAAGAAGAAUCCGAAUCUGAGGACGAACAAAAGAACGGCGAAUAAACAAUUUGCUAUUAAAGAAUGGAUGCAAGAACAACACAAACGGAGCCGCCCCAAUAUACCCCCAUAUCCUCUUGGUAUUUGGACCCAUCACCACCACCACCUGCAACAGCCAGUCGAACUUUUAAAAUCUACCACCACCACCCCCCAUAUAUGAAUAACGUCAUUUUGAGAAACUCAACCUAAAUAUAACAAUUGAUAAAUUCACCCAAAUAAAGGAGAGAGAGUUAAACCGUCAA